AUGAAGAGUGACUGCAAGGAAAAAACUUUAACUGAUCUAAAAUACUGGAAAAACGAUUCAACAGGUGCAAUUGCCCCUCCGGAGGAGAUUGGAAACAGUCUUUGUCCAAAUGAGUGUAGUGGCCAUGGAACCUGUCAAAAUGCAACUUGCAUUUGUGAUUCAGAAUAUGUUUCUGCAGAUUGUUCAUUGAAGAAAGGGCAAGCUCCUGUUUUGAUUGGCAUUCCUAUGCAUGGUCUUUGUGAUAUUAGAAAACGAGACUGCAUCCGAACUAGAGUGAUGGGAAAGGAUUUUAUGGAAUCAGAGAACUUGACUUGUCAAAUGACAGAAGUGAUCGUAUAUUCAUGA